CGAUUUUUCCCGACAGUCAGGCAUAAUAACCGACAGCUAAAGCUGCCGGGUGGGGUCCUUUUCCACGAGGCUGAGGAAGCUUAGCACCAAACAAACAUGCCGACUGUUGGCGUAAAAAGGGAUCUUCUCUUUAAGGCAUUGGGUCGAACCUAUACUGAUGACGAGUUUGACGAGCUGUGUUUUGAAUUUGGACUGGAGCUUGAUGAAAUUACCUCCGAGAAGGAUAUAAUUAGCCGUGAGCAGGGUGACGUGAAGGCAGCAGGCGCAUCUGAUGUCAUCCUUUACAAGAUCGAUGUACCGGCAAACCGCUAUGACCUUCUUUGUUUGGAAGGUUUGGUUCGUGGGCUGCAGGUCUUCAAGAAUAAGUUGGAGGCACCUCGGUACAGGCGUGUCAGCCCCAGCAGCGGGGAGCCUCAGAAACUCAUUAUCACCAAGGAGACAGCUGCAGUGCGCCCCUUUGCGGUGGCAGCAGUUUUGAGGAACAUCACCUUCACGCAGGAACGCUAUGAUAGCUUCAUAGAGCUGCAGGAGAAGCUCCAUCAGAACAUAUGCAGGAAGAGAACCCUGGUGGCAAUCGGGACUCAUGACCUGGAUACCAUCUCAGGUCCUUUUACUUACACAGCCAAGCCUCCCGGAGACAUCAGCUUCAAACCACUCAACCAGACCAAAGAAUUCACUGCCACCCAACUCAUGAGCCUCUACAAGACCGACAGCCACCUGAAACAUUAUCUUCAUAUUAUUGAAGACAAGCCUGUGUACCCUGUAAUUUAUGACAGCAAUGGCAUUGUCUUAUCUAUGCCUCCGAUUAUCAAUGGAGAUCACUCAAAAAUCACCCUGAACACAAAGAACGUAUUCAUUGAGUGCACCGCCACAGAUUUGACCAAGGCAAAGAUUGUGUUAGACAUGAUGGUGACAAUGUUCUGCGAGUAUUGUUCACAGCCUUUCACUGUAGAAGAGGCUGACGUGGUAAACCCUGAUGGCACAACCUGCAAAUAUCCAGAGCUGGCCUACAGAAAGGAGAAACUGUCCAGUGAGUUUAUCAAUCGCAGAGUUGGCAUCAACGAGUCCACUGAGAAGAUAGCCCAGCUGCUGACACGGAUGUGCCUGCGCUCUCAGGCUACAGGCGUCGGUGAUGAAAUAGAGGUUGAGAUCCCGCCCACUCGCUCGGACGUCAUCCAUGCCUGUGAUAUAAUGGAGGACGCAGCCAUGGCCUUUGGUUUCAACAACAUCACCCGCACCACACCGUCUACCCACAGCAUAGCCAACCAGUUUCCACUGAAUAAACUGACAGAGCUGCUAAGACAAGACCUUGCAGCGGCUGGAUUUACAGAGGCCCUUAACUUUGCCCUGUGCUCCAAAGAAGACAUAGCAGACAGGCUUGGCAAGAAGAUCUCGGAGACCAGAGCAAUCCACAUCUCCAACCCCAAGACGGCAGAGUUCCAGGUGGCGCGCACCACCCUGCUGCCAGGUUUGCUGAGAACAAUUGCAGCCAACAGGAAAAUGCCUCUCCCUCUCAAGUUGUUUGAGAUAUCUGAUGUCGUGCUGAAAGAUGACACCAAAGAUGUCGGGGCAAGAAACAGCCGACGUUUUUGUGCCGUUUAUUACAACAAGACCCCUGGCUUCGAGGUGAUCCACGGACUGCUUGACCGUACCAUGCAGCUGCUGGCGGUGAAGCCAAGCCGGGGAGACGGCUACCACAUCCAGGCUGCAGAAGAUUCCACUUUUUUCCCCGGGCGCUGCGCAGAGAUCUUUGUCCAGGGGAAGAGUGUAGGCCGUCUCGGGGUCCUCCACCCACACGUCAUUAGCAAUUUUGAGCUGACGCUUCCCUGCUCCGCCGUAGAGAUGGACAUCGAACCUUUCCUUGGCCACACGGCUGAAACGCGCCUCACACACGAGGUUCCCAUGCAGGAAGUCAUCAAGCACAAGUUCCCCGUUCAAGUCAAACCCUCAAAAGCUGCGACCUCCACCAAAACUGUGUUUGGAGACUUGAGCACACUCGUGGCUCUCAAAAGCGUAAACGAUUUCCUGGCGGACAAAAGCUACAUGGAAGGCUUUGUAGCAUCUCAGGCUGAUGUUGCCAUCUUUGACGCCAUCCCCUCUCCUCCUCCACUCACUUUGUGCCACCUUCUGCGCUGGUACAACCACAUCAAAUCCUUCCAAAAGGAAAGAGCUGACCUUCCUGUCGUUACAAAGCAGUUUGUUCUCCCAGAUACUCCUCCCACCUCCUCCAACAGCGACGAAGACGUAGAUCUUUUUGGCUCAGAUGAGGAGGCUGACAGCGCAGAGGCGGCCAGAAUCAAGGAACAGCGACUUGCCGAGUAUGCUGCCAAGAAGUCCAAGAAGCCAGCUGUCAUUGCCAAGUCCUCCAUCCUUCUUGACGUCAAGCCCUGGGACGACCAAACGGACAUGGCCAAGAUGGAGGAGUGUGUCCGCGGCGUCAGCAUGGACGGUCUGUUGUGGGGGCAGUCCAAGCUGGUCCCGGUGGGUUAUGGCAUCAAGAAGCUGCAGAUAGGAUGUGUGGUGGAGGAUGAGAAAGUGGGCACAGAUGUGUUGGAGGAAGCCAUCACCGCCUUGGAGGAAUACGUCCAGUCGGUGGAUGUGGCUGCUUUCACCAAGAUAUGAAUGGAUGGGACCCAGCCUGUAUAAGAAGCCGCUUCUGAGGCCGUUUACACUUGGCAGGUUUGCUUCGGUCAAAACACAUUCUAGUGCAGUUUCUCUGACGACUCUUAUGCAACAAUCGAACAUAUUGAAAUAUUCUCAGUGGAGUGGGCACCAACCUUUUGCCAUUUGCCUGCUUUAAAAUAAUCUCUUAACCACAGUUGGUAACAUAUGCUAGCCGGAGGUAAUGUGAUGUCCAAAAUGUGUAUAUAUAUCUUGAGCCAGUGACGUACAGCGGCAUGAAUGGCUCCACUGACUAUAGUCUGAACCCUAGUGUGACUGUAGCGCAUACAGACAUAUUUGGUCUGGACCGGACUGUACCGGGCUAAAACUGAACGUCCCUAGUUGUAAAAGAUUCUUGUCACACAAUCCCAAUAAAGUCCUCCUUCAGUUGAGCCCUUAAA